AUGGCUUACGACUCCGGCAUGACACGCAUCGUGGGUGGCACCGGUGCCCUGCCAGGGGCCUGGCCCUGGAUCGUCAGCAUCCAUCACCCCUGGGUACCAGACCCAGGGCAUUGGUGUGGAGGGUCACUCAUCAGCACACAGUGGGUCCUCACAGCAGCCCACUGCUUCGACAAGUUUGAUAACAUCAGCCUGCUGUACGUGAUGAUUGGGGCCACCCAGUUGACUCAGCCAGGCCAUGGGGCACAAAUGCGCAGUGUCAAACAGGUGCUGAUUCACGAGUACUACAAUCCUGCUGACAUGAGCUACGACAUCGCCCUGCUGGAACUGGACCAUCCUGUCCAGUGCAGCCCCUACAUCCAGCUGGCCUGUGUGGCUGACCCCACCCUAAGAGUCUCAGAGCUGCAGAACUGCUGGGUGGCUGGCUGGGGUGCCACUGCUGCAAGAUCUCAACAAUCAAGUGAUCACCUGCAGGAGGCCAAGGUCCAGCUCAUCGAUGUCCAGCUCUGCAACAGCAGCCGCUGGUAUGCGGGGGAAAUCCACACCCACAACUUGUGUGCUGGUUACCCACAGGGCCUCAUCGACACCUGCCAGGGUGACAGUGGUGGCCCUCUCAUGUGCCAGGACAACAAUGCUGACCACUGGUGGGUUGUUGGAGUAACCAGUUGGGGAAAAGGCUGUGCCAGAGCAAAGCAGCCUGGAGUCUACACCUCCACUCAGCACUUCUAUGACUGGAUUCUGCCUUGGCCAACAACACCCCCCACUCCAAAGCCAACACCAUUGGGUGAGGUUAGCUCCUGCCCAUUUCCACUCAACAAGCUGGUAGACUUCUUUACUAACGUGAAGAAGCUCCUUCAUGAGGUCCUUGGACAAACCACAGCUUGA